AAGAUUUAGAUGGAAGUGAUUAAAAAGUAUAUUGUUAUAAAAUAGUGGCUCUUAGAUUUUAGACAUAAAUUUUUCUUUCAGUGAUGACGAUUUACCGUCUCUGUUGGAAGUUCGUCUAAGAGAAAGCGGGCUGGAUAUAGCUAGAGGACCAGACGACACCAUUGAGCGAAAUGCUCGUCAGCACUUGGAAUUUGCCUUGAAUGUUUGUAAAAGUGGGUUAUGCGUUAAACAAACAGCUGUACAAACUCUGCAAGACAUGUUCGAAUCUCCACUUGUGGAAACAUCUCAGACGCCUAUACUUAGGAUGUGCAAUGACCUUCUGAAAAGGCUUAGUAGAAGUGCAGAGACUUCCUUUUGUGGGAGAAUUUUGUUCUUCCUUAGCAGGUAUCUUCCUUUAAGUGAAAAAUCUGGUCUCAAUCUGAUGGGACAUUUUAAUACACAGAAUGUCACCAAAUUUGAUACGUCGGAAACACAACCAGUUGAUUUGAUUAAUGCUUCCGAUGAUGAAAUAGAAACAGGGGAAAUAAAAGAAGCGAGAGACGUUAAUAUACCCGUUGAUCAUGCAUUGUACUCGAUGUUUUGGCAGAUGCAGAAUUUCUUCUCCAAUCCAGUAAUUUGUUUUGAUAAACAACAGUGGGAUGUUUUUCAGAAGAAUUCUACGGAUGUAUUGGGUGUUUUUUCAAGCUAUAAACUGGAGAAAUCGGGUAUUGAUGACGACGACAACGGUAGGAAACGAGUGGUGGAUAGUGAUAAUGUGUGUGCAUUGAUAGAUGAGACGGAUACCUACUUUGCGAAAUACUUAACAAAUCCAAAGUUGUUGCAACUACAGCUGAAUGAUUCACAAUUCCGACGCUAUUUCCUCAUCCAAUUCAUCAUACUUUGCCAAUACAUAUCAAGCAAAAUGAAACAAAGGAAUGCAAGUCUCAGUGAUGAUCAAGCGAAAUUUGUUAACGAAAGCCAGGAGAAGUGUUAUCGACUUUUACGUGAGACCCAUCCUAAAGGCGGACAUUUUGCUGAAAGCGUGAAGCAUAUUCUUCAGCGCGAACUUGAAUGGGCAGAAUGGAAAAGCGAGUCCUGUCCUAGCAUGGCAGAUCUUGCAGACAAGCAGCCAAUGCAGCCGUAUAAAAAAAGACCGCGGACGACUUUUGAUCCAUCACUGGUAGAUAUAGGAACCCCAGAACUGACAAAGUUGUGGAGUAUCGAGCCAGAUCUGUUAUCAGCCUGCAGAAAUGAAAGACGAAGGUUCACUCCUUCGUUAGCAAGCUUUCUUCGAGAUCCACUUGACGAGUUAGAUCCAGAACAACAGGUCGAAGAUCAGUAUAAUGUUUGGAUGUUUUCGUCCAUUAAACUUUACAGAUCAACUCGGGAUCCAGCGUUCCAGUUUCGCGCCUGCCGUUUACUUAUGGUUGAAAGUUCGCAGUAUAUUUCCGCACAGUCACAACAAACACUUAAUAUUCCGCAAUUUUUGGACAAUGUCAUAAUAAAGACGGGAAAGAACAUGGAUGAGUUUCGGGCGGAACUCCAAGAUCGUGAAGUGCGGCAGGCACGAAAGGCCGUUGAGGAAUCGCUUUUGCGCAACCGCUCAAAUGGUAUCGAAGGGUAA